CCUACUACGUCACAUCCUCCGCAAUACCAUUCUAACUUAAAUCGAUGUAAUAGUUUUGAUAACUACAAUGGAGCAAAGUAAUUCCGGUGAAGAAGUCGACAGCAUAUACGAAUCCCAGUUCGACGAUCAGGAAAUAGGAAUUCAAAUUUUGGGAUUGCAUAAACAGUACCGCCGAUGGAAUCGCAGCAAAAUUGUACUGAACGGAUUAAAUUUGAAUUGUCAAUCAGGCAAAUUAUAUAUUUUAUAUGGAAGCGGAAAGUGUGGAAAGUCUGCUGUUGUCAAAUCAAUUUUAAAUAUCGAGCCAUUUAGUCGUGGUGUCAUUGCCAUACUAAAUAAAACUUGUCAUUCGCGUGGAUGCGGAGAAAUAGGCUAUAUGCCACAAAAAAUUGGUCUUGAUGUAUGUCUUACUGCCUAUGAAAGCAUCAACUAUUUUGCCAUUCUGCAUCGGCUUAAUAGACACGACACUAUACAGAAGUUUAGUGCCAUGCAGUCGCCUCUGACGAUAAAUGAAUACAGCACAUUGGUGAAAGAUUUGACUGUAGAUCAAAGAAGAGUUUUAAGCUUUUACAUUGCCAUCAUGACAUCGCCUAAAAUUGUUGUCUUAGACCAACCAAUGCUGGGAUGCGACCCGCUAUAUAAACGAUUCUUUUGGCAAAAACUGAGAUUUAUGGUUGAUAAUGAAAAGACGACCAUUUUAAUGACAUGUUGCGAUGAAGUUGAUGUGAAAUAUGCCGAUACCGUCGGUUACUUAAGAAAUGGUCAAAUAAUAAUCGAAGAAUCACCAGCCGACCUUAUGAAGCGAUAUAACAUUUGGAAUUUCAAUGAUUUGAUACUCAGUAUUUCUGUUGCAGAACUUAAUCAAUUCGAAGUGGUGGACAGUGAAAAAACUAAGCGCAAAGACACCGCUUCAAUAAAAUCUGGCGGUUUCGAUAUAACUCAUUUCACUUGGAACGAUGAUUCGGAGAGCGCAAUAAAUAGCAAAAUAAAAUUCGGCGGCAGCUUCUGUGACACUCCUGAUAAGAAGGACUGGCAUGUAUUCAAUUUGGGACAUUUUUUUCAACAGCUGUCGGUCCUGAUAAGCUGGCAGGCAGCAGUUUCACGUCGAAAUUAUCGGAAACUGGUGUCGCAUUUGCUUUUACCGGCGUUGUGUGUUUUAUUUUAUGGCUUUUCCGUUGGUCAUGAAAUGAAUGAGAUAAAUUUGGGGAUAGUGUAUUGUGGAAAUGACAGCCAGCAAACUGAUAAAAUGGACACACCAUCAAUUUCGGCGUUAGACAAACGUAUAAGUUCGAAUUAUUUAACGAAAAAGGCUUACGAUGAUUAUGAUGCAGCAGUAAGAGAUGCAGACAGAGGAGUACUUAGUGCUGUCCUUCUACUUAAUACACCCUCAAACGAAUCAGUUGGUAACUAUGAGAAAUUCGGUUGCCAGACAGACGCAUUUAAUAAAACAAAUGUCGUUUUGGAACUAUACUCUUCAUCGAAACUGGUACGGUCACACAUCAUUGAUCAAUUAUCACGAGCAUAUGGCGGAUCACAAGAACACCCAUUAAUGCGAAUAGCAACUUACUCACUCAGUCGUCCCGAGAAGAACGACGAGAAAUGCUUAACGGAAUGUCCAAUCACUCCAUUUGUAUCAAUUUUCAAUUACCAGUCAUCCGGAAAAAAUGAGUCCGAAGUAAUGUACCUAAUUUGGGGUGCCGUUUCCACGGUAUCGCAUUUCUCCGGAGCUUUAUUGGGAUCAUUGCCGUUAUGCACUCAAAAUCUGAAUGGACUGAUGGAUAGGAUGAAAACAAUCGAAAUAACGAAUUUCAAAUUGCAAAUUGUUCAUUGGUUAACGCGUAGCAUAUACAUUCUCGGACAAACGUUUUUGCUGUUGGUCAGUUCGGCCGCAUUUUUGAAAGCGAAGUUCACGGCAUACGGAAUCUUUAGCAGUUGGUGUGCUAUUCUACUGCAAAGUUUAUGUGGAUUUUCCUUUGGCAUCCUCCUGUUUGCAAUGCUAAAGAAGCAAGUACCAAUCAUGCUGUAUCUCAUCGUACUGGAGUUGAUAAUAUCGUCGCUAAGUGGCUUCUUUUGGAAUUACCACGGUUUAACACCACUGUUUCAGAAACUUACGAUUGUACUCCCUCAUCAUUCAGUUUCAAAAUUACUUUUCCAAGUCGUAAUCGAAGAAAACCUUGUAACCGAAAACAAUAUUUGGGUCGGUUUUAUAUCACCCCUAUUUUGGAUGAUAUCCACAGUCAUCAUUUAUUGUGUGUACAAUCAGUCGAACCAAUAAAACAAAAUUCUUCCCAGCCUAAUUAGGUGUCG